AUGUCUGCCCCCCAGGCUUAUAACAUUGGAAUGUUGAUGCUAGGGAUUAGUCCUGUGGAAUUAGGAAUUGAUAAUAAGAUUGUGGUUAAGAUUCAUAGAUAG